AGAGCAAGGUGAGGUUUGUCAGUUAAUUUCACCUGCAUCGGUCGUUAGUUUGCGAAUUUAGUUUUACCAGAGGUUGUUGCAGUAACAGUUUUCAAAAAUUUCGUUUCAUUUUCACGAUUAAUUGUGUAUUACAUUAACUUUACAAGAUUGAAUUCGGCCAAAACAUACCAAUUUCCCAUGAUACGAAAACGCGCCAUUUCCACCGGAUUUGUAUGGUUAUAUUAAAUAGGAAAAUCUUUCUGCUACCUGCUACAGAAUGGCUCAAGAAGCUGAUAUGCCAGCAUUUAAGUGUGUCCUUGUUGGGGACGGAGGUACUGGAAAAACAACCUUUGUUAAAAGACACUUAACUGGCGAAUUUGAAAAGAAGUAUGUUGCCACACUUGGCGUGGAAGUACAUCCGUUGGUGUUCCACACUAACAGAGGUGCAAUUCGCUUUAAUGUUUGGGAUACUGCAGGGCAGGAAAAAUUCGGAGGCCUUAGAGAUGGUUACUACAUUCAGGGUCAGUGUGCGAUUAUAAUGUUUGAUGUCACAUCACGUGUUACAUACAAGAAUGUACCCAAUUGGCAUAGAGACCUUGUAAGGGUCUGUGAAAAUAUCCCAAUAGUUCUUUGUGGAAAUAAGGUUGAUAUUAAGGACAGAAAAGUUAAAGCAAAAAGUAUUGUUUUCCACAGGAAGAAGAAUUUGCAGUAUUACGAUAUCAGUGCAAAGAGCAACUACAAUUUUGAAAAGCCUUUCCUGUGGUUAGCUAGAAAGCUAAUUGGUGACCCAAAUCUGGAGUUCGUUGCCAUGCCAGCUCUUGUGCCUCCUGAGGUGACAAUGGACCCAACAUGGCAACAACAAAUUGAAAAUGAUCUGAAGGAAGCAUCAGAGACUGCUUUGCCUGAAGAUGAUGAAGACCUGUAAGACACUUUUAAUUCUGCUCCGAAGUACCCAUGCAUAAAAUUUGUUUUUACUGCCACAGUCAAGAGAACUCUGCCUUGUUACAUAAAGUGUUUGGACUAUAACAAGCAGACUGCAUCAGUAACUUACUUUCGGCAAGUUCGAGUGUACGGUGUUGUGUACUUUGGUGUUGAGCUUUGUGUGAAUGGAAAGCUGUUGAUGCUGUACUAUUUUUAUAGCGAGCAGUGUGAGAAGAGUGACAAACUGAAAUGUUUUAUCAGAGUGUUAAAAAGACUUGAAAAACACAACAGAAAAUUUUGUUUAUACACUGAAUACUGUUUGUUCUUGUGAAUUAUGGUUAAUUACAAUGGAAUCCAUCUUUGGAACCCAGAAAUUCUUGUUCCUUUUUUAUGAAUGUCAACUUUACACUUAUAAUUUAUCAUAACACAUGAAGUUAAUUUUUCUGCAAAUAAUAAAGUGACAAAAAG